UCUCGACUUUAAGAUUAUAAUUGAUUCAAAGACAGGACCCGCCAAUACAUUGCAUUUAGUGGCGCCUACAAUGCAAGAGAAGGCCGCCUGGACUUCAGAUAUCAGUCAGUGUAUAGAUAACGUGCAUUUCAACGAUCUAUUUCACGGAACAAUGAGUGACGCGUCGUCGGUAACAAUGCCUCACUCUAUCAGAAACGAUCCGCGACUGUUCAAAGAUGAUGUGGACAUCCGGUUCAGCCGUACCCUAAACUCGUGCAAAUUGCCGCAAAUACGUUACGCCAGUCCUGAGCGGCUGUUUGAGAGACUGACAGACUUACGCUUUUUAAGCAUCGAUUUUCUCAACACAUUUUUGCUGACAUACCGUGUCUUCACGGAUGGCGUCACUGUAUUGGAAGCGCUUAAAAGAGUUCAUUACAAUCCAGAGUCACAAUUGGGUACGUUGUCGUCGCUGCACGACUCGACCGGUUCUUUGGACGACAUCCAGACCACAGCCAAAAAUGAAGGACAAUCUCAGUUAGCCGGCGGUGACCUCCUCUGCACUGUCGACUACGACUACUCGCGUCGUAUUAGCACCGGAUCUAUGAUCACGGAUAUCAAUGACUUGCAUCGGGAGUCCGUAGUGUCCAACUCGGAGUCCACCGCCAGUCAGCACUUGCAACAAAUGCAAAGCCAACAACUGUGUCAAUCGUCUCGCAAUAGCCAACACUGGAGACUUAGUUAUAGAAAGUUCGAAGAGGAACAGGCGAGGGAUCGCUAUUUGAGGCGUUUAGGCGACAGAAGUCAACUCCAAGGAAGCAUUUGCAGUCAAUCUGACUUUCCUUCCGGACCAUUGCUAUCGCCGGGAAUCAUAGACCCCAUCCAAGUGCCUGUUCCGCCGCCUCCAUCACCGGAGGUGCCAUAUAUUCUUGACAACAGUGCUCUUCAACACGAUAUUAGGAUGAAAAACGUAAGUUAAGCCUAAUUGUAAUCUUAUUUUACCAUCAUAAAGGUCAUUCACUUAAUAUAAU